CGUCUAGGGCUUGGAACCUACCCGUCGCUUAACGAGUGCUGCCCACCUCCUAGAGCCUGUGUGUUAGCAGCCCGACCGCUUAGCGACACGACAAUUUCCGACAACCCAUCUUCCUUCGCUUUUCGAGAUACGGUCGAAAGGCGGUUUACAGGAAUAUCUGCAAAAAUGGCUGACAGCGAAUACAACGCCGAGGAGGCUGCCGAGAUCAAGAAGAGAAGACAGUUCCGCAAGUUUUCUUACCGCGGCAUUGACCUCGACCAGCUCCUCGACCUUUCCUCCGAGCAGCUCCGUGAUGUCGUUCACGCCCGUGCCCGCAGACGUUUCAACCGCGGCCUGAAGCGCAAGCCCAUGGGUCUCAUCAAGAAGCUCCGCAAGGCCAAGCAGGAGGCCAAGCCCAACGAGAAGCCCGAUCUCGUCAAGACCCACCUCCGUGACAUGAUCGUCGUCCCCGAGAUGAUCGGCUCCGUCGUCGGUAUCUACUCCGGUAAGGAGUUCAACCAGGUUGAGAUCAAGCCCGAGAUGGUUGGCCACUACCUGGCUGAGUUCUCUAUCUCUUACAAGCCCGUCAAGCACGGUCGUCCCGGUAUCGGUGCCACCCACUCUUCCCGUUUCAUUCCCCUCAAGUAAACGAUUUCAAACGAUUCCCCUCGGAGUGGCGUGUGGUGGAAAUGGUGCUGGGAAAGCAAAAAUGGAAUUCAGCAAAACUCUCAACUGGGCUCUUUUUUUCAGCAUGUAUUUCCAGUCUGGGUCAGCUGUUUCCAACUCAAUUUAAGAUCUUGUCGGCAUGAAAUCAUCUUGGGAUCUGGAUUUAGUCCCUCGUCGAAUCUGGCGAGGUAAAAAAGAUACUCCUUCCUUCGUCUCGCUUUGUGUCGCCGGGGAAGGAGUCUAAAUCUAACGACACUACAAAUUUCAUA